CUGACCAAGCUCAAAAUUUGCGUUGUAGCCGACAAGGGCUUCAAUUACUCAAACUCGGAUGGAUGCUUUGUCAAUCAGAAGAAAAAUCAUUUCCAGAUCUCAGUGAAUAUCGAGGCGAACGAUGAGCAUCCACCAAAAUUCGUAAAAGUUAACGGCGUGAUGCAUCCGAUCAAAGCCAUCAAACUGGCGUUCUGCGGUGUCAAGGCAGAAAUGCUGUCGUCAGAAAUUCAGAUCAAGCAGUCGCAGACCGAUCGUAAACCAAUACCUCACGAUCCUGUCAUACUAAACAUCCACGCUCGAGAAAUUACCAAGGUGACGGUACCAAGGCUGCAUUUCUCUGAGACGACGCUGAAUAACCAGAGGAAGAACAAUCGACCGAAUCCCGACCAGAAAUACUUCCUGCUCGUAGUACGCCUGCUAGCUUGUACUGACGAAGGGUGUGGCUCUCAUUCAAGCCCAACAGUCGGAGAAAGUCAUUGUCCGGGUAUGUUUAAAACACUCUUACUUUUUUGUUUACGGAUUAUUUUGAAACAUUUUCGUUUUCAGGCUACUAAUCCUGGUUCGUUCGAGCCACCCGAGAGCGAUGUGCAGUGGUACCGCAACGGAGGAACCCUAGUCUGCCAUGGUCCAGUUGCUAUCGGUACCGAUCGUACCGCUGCAAAGCUGACGGUUGACGGUGAUAUUUACAUCACUGGACAGAUAACUCGCCCGUGCGACAUUCGCCUGAAAGAGGACAUCGUUGAAAAGACGUCACGAGAUGCGCUGGAACACCUUCAGCAACUGCGUAUAGUCGAUUUCCGUUACAAACCUGAAAUUGCAGAACUGUGGGGUCUCAGUGAAGAACAACGUAGACGAACUGGUCUCAUUGCACAAGAACUCCAAGCUGUACUUCCCGAUGCCGUCCGCGAUAUCGGUACUCACUUGACUGUUGACGAGUCGCGCAUAUUUUACGAGACUGUGCUGGCGAUGCAGGAACUCUGCAGGCUUACUGGAGAUCUUGACACGAAGAUUGACGACAAGGUGGAGGAAAUCAGCCAGCGUCUCGCACGAUACGCCAGAAGAAAGAAGUUGAUUGGUUCGAUUGCCUCGAACCUCAGCGAACAGUCUUCUGGUAUUGUUAGUGAUAACAAGAGCUACUUGUCGUACUCAAGGACAUCACUUGCAUCCACUUCUCCAUCGGUCUCGAAAGAAGGGCGUGAGAAACGAAAGGUACUCAUAAUUUAA